UUCCCUAAAUAUACAAAAAUUGUUAUUUCUAUUACGAAAGGAUAACAAAGAUGUCCAUUUAUCUAUCGCCAGCACUUUCGAUAUCUUAUACGAAGCCUUUGCAACGGUAUUGAGAGUUUGUCAUUAUUAAUUAUGAUAUCACAUGUUCAACGUGCUAAAUGUAAAUGAAUGCACGUUUCAGCUCACAAUUUUGGAAAUAUCAUAUUUCAAUGUGAUGUCAUGCAAUAAAGACGUGUGAACAGUGGCAGAAAUAUUAUUAAUCGAUCUUAUAAGAUUAGCUUUGGAAAAAUGAUUGUUCGAUAUCGAAUAUUGUUAUUACCCUUAUUAUAUAUUACUUACAGACGUAAUGAAAUUGACAGUGCAUCGAGUGAAUUUGAUUUCCGUUUUAAUAAGGUGAAUAAAUGACUUUUCAACGUAUCUUCUGUUUCACUUUAUGGAUUGUUUAUGGAUGAAGGAUUUGUACCAUGUGUCGUAUGGUGAUAAUGAGAUUAAUAAAUCACACCCAUCGCUUAUCGAACGAGAAAAUUUGCUUGAGGCUACCAAAUGUAAACUUGUGCUUGUUAGCUAUUCUACUGUUACAAUUGAUGCAUCUAAUAGAGAACAUACAACGUACGUCUGCCUGUUGAAACUGCCCCGCCAAUGCUAAGGGUGAAAGUUCGUAAUGCUAGCACAUCGCACGACUAACUACGCAAAAAUGCUGCUCGCGUGAGGAAAUCGAUACGGUAUAUUUUCGCCGAAGGUAUCGUUCAAAAGAUAAACUCGUAAUUACGUCAAUUGCUGUCGCUAUUACUUUCGUUUUAUCACGGAGGUUGAUUGUUCAUCGAUCGAUGUCACGAGGUACGCGCUCUUCUCACUUUUUCAUCGUGCGAUUACGAAGAUGCACCAAAUUAUUGCCGUCAUUUAGUUAUUUCGCGAUAAUGUACUUUCGCGAUAUUUCCGCGGAAAAUACAGUAUGUACCAAGACGGAAAUAUAUCGUAAAUGGUAUCAUAGCGAAAUAUUGUUCUCCUCGAAAUUUCUCCCUUCUUUCAUUCGCUCGUCGAGCUUCUCGACGAACAUGUCGGUAGAGGAUUGUUACUACAAGUUCAAUCGUAUCCUACUCAAGUCGCUCGGCUUGUGGCCCUAUCAGGAUUCGAAAUGGGCAUGCGUUCAGGCUACCUUCAUGACGAUUAUGUAUCUCUCGGCGAUAUUCGUUCAGUUGGCAGUGUUCAUCACGCACGAGUGCACCAUGGACGUACUGAUUAAAGUAUUCUCUUUCGUUUUCCCGACUAUUUUCAUGUUUUAUACGUAUUACUUGUACUAUUUAAAAUCCGACACGGUAAGUCGACGACAAGUUACCACGCCUCGUUCGUCCGAACAUGUCAUAAGGAUCGUUUAUUCGCUUCAGAUAAAAGAAAUCAUGGAAAAUAUGUAUCAGGAUUGGAAGUUUUUCAAGAAUAAAGCGGAACUCGACAUAUUGAACGAUUACGCCAACUUGGCGAAACAGUUUACGGAAAUAUUUCUAUUUUGUCUCUGCGUUGGCAUAAUAACGACCAUGAUGUGUCACAUUAUACCGAUAACACUUGACAUUGUUUCGCCCGUGAAUGUGAGUCGGGCGGAAGAUCUACAUGUUGCAGUGGAAUACUUCGUCGAUCAGUCCAAGUACUGUUAUGUAUUAAUAUUGCAUUUGACGGUUUUCGUUUGCUUAGGAUUGACCACAGUGAUAAGUGUCGGAAUAACGCUUUACGGUUAUGCUUUACACGCUUGUGCGUUGUUUAAAGUGGCCAACUAUCGGAUGGAGAUCACAAUGGACAAGGACAUAUUACGAAUCCCUAAUCCGCAAAGGCAGCACGUAAUUCGCGACAGACUGAUUUGCGCAGUCAUCACUCAUCGAAGGGCUUUUCUGUUUUGCGAUCUUUUAAUGCAAAAUUUGCAAAGAUCGUUUCUUUUUAUAACUAUAAUUGGUGUGGUGUCUUUAUCAAUAAAUUUGUUUCGUGUGAGUAAGUCGAUAUUUUGUACCAUCUAUUUUUCCAGAUCAACUAAAUAUCUCCUUAACGUACAUUUAACAUUGCAGUUUCUUAAAGCGAUAACAGCGUUCGAGGAAGUAAUUGAAAUAAUUAUACCGUCUAUUCUCAUUUUCUUUCACUUUGUUUAUAUGUUCCUUGGCAACCACGUCGGUCAACAAAUUACAAAUACUAAUGCCGAAAUCUUCAAUAUAAUAUGCAGCUUGCCAUGGUAUACAGCUUCUUUAAAUGUACAAAAAUUACUGCCGUUUUUAUUACAAAAGAGUAGUAAACAUUUUUGUAUCUCACUGGGCGGUAUAUUCAAUGCUUCAUACGAGGGUUUCACAAUGCUUUCAAAGUUAUCAAUAUCGUAUUUCACAGUACUUUACGCUGUCCAAUAAAAAUAUAAACUACAACAGAGAUACUUAUAGUCAAUUUUAGUAUCUUGCAUCUCGCGGUAUCAUAUAAAAAUGAUAAUUCUUUGACUUAGAGAUAUUAAAACUCUAUAUGAUAACGUACGGCCUGAAAUAAAUAACAGAGUAUUACAAAAUAAACAAAUCGAGUUGAAACAUAGCGUUCUGCUUAACUCCUUAUUCUGUAUAUGUAUCUACGAAAAGCUACGAAAUUUUGUUAUCACAUUAACUCACAUUUUGUUAUACUUGUAAUUAUUCUAUGCUGCUGAGAAAUACGUUUUUCUCACGUUCUUCACACCUUUUUCGCAUCAAUUCUUUGUUCAAACGUUUCAAUUGUCAUUGGUUGCGGUCGUCUGUGAUUGUUUUAUUUGAUUUCAAUUCAUUUAGAUUCAGUUUAUUUGAUUUCAGCUCAUGAUACACACACACAUAUACACGCGCGCGCGCACACACACACACACACACGCAUGCACGCACAACGCUCCUUCCUGAUUCCACGAAAUAUAAAGCAUUAUGUUGUGACCAUGAAUAUUCCAUUUAGGCGUUGAAAUUGACGAUUGGUCCAGCACCAUUCAUAAAUUUUUGCAUUUCGGAUUAUCAUAAUAGAUUUAUUUUUCAUCGCCGAUUACAAUUUGUCACAAAAACUCCUUUUUUAUAUCUUGCGAGCAAACAACUAGUAUUGGAAAGACGAUUAGAGAUUGCAGCAUUAGUGAAUUUGUGUGGCACUCAUAUUCCUUCUUUAUGAAUCUUUCCCAUGGCGUGUAAACAUUUGGAAAAACUGCCGUCGAUGACAUUUAGUGUUUCUGAUAAUUCUUUGGUCGUUUGAGGAUUUUCUUUCAAUAAUGCUUGCAA